CGGUCCGGUCCGGUCCGGUCCGCCUUUCUCCUCUCCCGAGGUCAUCGGCUCACCGUAGUUUUACUGUCCUUUCAGUUUACCUCCGUCUCCAAGACUUCAUCUGACCGUCCACGACACUAGUCCAGCCUCGCAUCCACCGCUCGUCGCGAGUUACCGCACAGUCCUCUGCCCUGGGGUACGGUAAAUUCGCUAACCUUCGUGGCAAUUACUCCAGCGGCGCCGCCACUCCGGUUCAACUCAACCAGUGAGCGGCCAUCCUUGUCGCUGUCCACCUCGGCACCACCGCACCCUUCCCCCCUCUCCGCCGCAGAUUCUCAAACCCUAGCCGGCACCACACGCGAUCGACGGAGGGGAGAGGCGCGUGGCGACCGGUUCCUCUCUCGGCGGUUGAUGGCGGAGGACGGCGAGGAGAAGCUGCUCGCCACGGUGCAGCACAUCGUCCAGACCCUGGGCCGCACCGACACCAUGACGGAGGAUAUACUCAAGGUCUUCUCCAACUACGACGGCCGCCUCUCGCUCGACAAGCUCUACGCCACGCGCGCCGCGGCUGCGGCGGCCGCGGUCGGAGGGCCCGGGGAGCGCUCCGUCCCUGCCUCGCCGCCCAUGCCGCCGCCGCCGGUGGCGCCGUCGGCCGCGGCGGGGAUGCCGCCGGUGACGUCGCUGGAGCGGACCGUGCGCACGCUGGACCGGCAGAUCUCGCAGUUCGUCGCGAUGGAUAGGCUCAUAUGGGCGGACUCGGCGGACGCGGACGCGUUCCUGGAGGCGGUGGACGACCUCAUCGGCACCGUCCAGGAGCUCGACGCGGCCGGGACCAACCGCGGGCUGCUCGACCGCGCCGACGAGCUGCUGAGCCGGUGCAUGGCCCGGCUGGAGGACGAGUUUCGGGCGCUCAUCGAGCGCCCCGACGACGCGGCGCCUCAGGUGCCCGGUGGGUUCGGGUCUGAUGAGAGCGAGGAGGAGGACUACGACGCGGAUGACGGCUUCGGCGACGAGCCAAUCCCAAUCGCCAAGCCGGUCUCGGACUUCGACGUGGUCAUCGAUGCUCUCCCCCCGGGCUCGGUCUCCGACGUCCACCAGAUUGCCCGGCGGAUGGUGGACGCCGGCUUCGGCCGCGAGUGUGCCGAGGCAUACGCGACCGCACGCCGUGGUUUCAUCGACGAGAGCGUCGCUCGCCUCGGCAUUCGCUCCCGAACAACCGAGGAGGUCCAUUCCUUACCAUGGGAGGAGCUCGAGUUCGACAUUGCUCGCUGGAUUCCGGCCUUCAAGAUGGUGUUUCGGAUCCUAAUCCCCAGCGAGCGCCGCCUCUGCGACCGUGUCUUCGACGGCCUCGCCCCGUAUGGCGACCUUGCGUUUGUUGCCGCCGUGCGCACCCAGGGGCUUCAGCUUAUUUCAUUCGGAGAUGCAGUUGCUGCUGCCAGCCGCGCGCCAGAACGGCUCUUCCGUGUUAUUGACAUGUAUGAAGCAGUCCGAGACCUCCUUCCUGACCUCGACCCUGUCUUCUCAGAUCCCUACUCUGCAGCUCUUCGUGCUGAGGUCUCAGCUGUAUGUAGCACCCUUGGCUCCUCAAUCAAAGGUAUAUUCAUGGAGCUGGAAAAUCUUAUCCGUCGUGACCCUGCCCGUGUUGCCGUGCCUGGUGGUGGCAUACACCCAAUCACUCGGUAUGUCAUGAACUAUCUCCGUGCCGCAUGUGGUUCACGGCAAACACUGGAAGAGGUGAUGGAAGGUGACUUGGGUGCUGUCGGUGCAGCCGCUAUUGCCGUCGAUCCUGAUCGCCCUACUUCGUCGCUAGCUGUGCACAUAGCUUGGAUCAUGGAUGUGCUUCACAAGAAUUUGGAGACCAAAUCGAAGAUAUAUAGAGAUCCACCACUUGCUUCCAUAUUCUUGAUGAAUAAUGGGAAGUACAUUAUUCACAAGGUGAAUGACAGUGAGCUUGGGAUUUUGCUUGGUGAUGAGUGGAUGAAGCAGAUGAUGAGCAGGGUGCGCCGGUGGAGUAUGGAAUACCAGCGUGGGGCUUGGGCAAAGGUCAUGUCAGUGCUGCAGACUGGAGGUUCUGGCGUUGGCAGUAUCACUGCAAAGGCCAUGCUUCAGAAAAUGCAGAUGUUUAACAGCUACUUGGAGGAGAUUUGUGCGGUGCAGUCGGAUUGGGUGAUCGCAGAUGAGCAGUUGCGAGCAGAUGUUAAAUCUGCAAUAGUAGACUCUGUGAUGCCUGCAUAUAGAGGCUUAAUUGGGAGUUUGAGAUCAUCUCCUGAAGCUGCACGGGACUUGUUCAUCAAGUACACCCCAGAGGAUGUUCAGGCACGCAUCCAACACCUCUUUGAAGGAGUGGCCAAGUGAUUAGUUAAUUAUGUCAUGUUGUGCUGCUAUACCUUUGAUUUUGUUGUCAUAACUAUUAAGCUCGAUGAUCUCGUGCCAUAGGGCUGGGAUUUGUCUUAGAUGAGGAAAUAUUGCCUUGUCCAGCUGUGUAAAUUUGUAGGCGUUUCUGGUGUAUCAACUGGUAAUGGCUAUCUAAUUGCUAUAUUAAUAGUUGCUCGGGCUUAAUUUCUCCUUUAGCUUUGAGAAA